AUGGGCAUGGUGGAUAAUAAGCAAAAUGUCAAGGUAAAGGAAGAGGAUGAGGAAGAUAUGAAUACAAAAGUGAAAAGGAAGCAAAAUAAAGACGAAGGUGAUAAUAAAACAAAGGAGAAGCAAAAGUCCUCGAAGAGGGAGAUGGCUAAGUACAAGGAGAAGAAAGAGAAGAAAUCAAGAGUUGUCGAUAAGAAAGAUGAUAAGGAGAAGGAGAGGGAGGAUCAGAGGAAAUUAAAGGGAAAUGAGAAGAAUGUGAAGUCACAUAAGGAAAGAAAGGGAAGAUCGGGAGAAGUACCAGCCAUUAGUAAUGGACCAAUCAUGGUAUGUCAUAAGAAACAGUAUAACACUAUGGGCAUGGUGGAUAAUAAGCAAAAUGUCAAGGUAAAGGAAGAGGAUGAGGAAGAUAUGAAUACAAAAGUGAAAAGGAAGCAAAAUAAAGACGAAGGUGAUAAUAAAACAAAGGAGAAGCAAAAGUCCUCGAAGAGGGAGAUGGCUAAGUACAAGGAGAAGAAAGAGAAGAAAUCAAGAGUUGUCGAUAAGAAAGAUGAUAAGGAGAAGGAGAGGGAGGAUCAGAGGAAAUUAAAGGGAAAUGAGAAGAAUGUGAAGUCACAUAAGGAAAGAAAGGGAAGAUCGGGAGAAGUACCAGCCAUUAGUAAUGGACCAAUCAUGGUAUGUCAUAAGAAACAGUAUAACACUAUGGGCAUGGUGGAUAAUAAGCAAAAUGUCAAGGUAAAGGAAGAGGAUGAGGAAGAUAUGAAUACAAAAGUGAAAAGGAAGCAAAAUAAAGACGAAGGUGAUAAUAAAACAAAGGAGAAGCAAAAGUCCUCGAAGAGGGAGAUGGCUAAGUACAAGGAGAAGAAAGAGAAGAAAUCAAGAGUUGUCGAUAAGAAAGAUGAUAAGGAGAAGGAGAGGGAGGAUCAGAGGAAAUUAAAGGGAAAUGAGAAGAAUGUGAAGUCACAUAAGGAAAGAAAGGGAAGAUCGCUACAAGGUGUACUCAACCACAUCAGAUGCCACUAUCCCGUCAUUUGCACCAUUGACACGACAACCAGCACCAACACCUUUACGCUCUCCUUCGUGCUUUCAUCACCGACAAGAACAUUGGUAUUAUAUGCCACUGUUACCAUUGCAAAGUAUUGUGCUAAUGUAUCAUAUAUCUCAUAUUGUAUUGCAAAGGGAGAAGUACCAGCCAUUAGUAAAGGACCAAUCAUGGUAUGUCAUAAGAAACAGUAUAACACUAUGGGCAUGGUGGAUAAUAAGCAAAAUGUCAAGGUAAAGGAAGAGGAUGAGGAAGAUAUGAAUACAAAAGUGAAAAGGAAGCAAAAUAAAGACGAAGGUGAUAAGAAAACAAAGGAGAAGCAAAAGUCCUCGAAGAGGGAGAUGGCUAAGUACAAGGAGAAGAAAGAGAAGAAAUCAAGAGUUGUUGAUAAGAAAGAUGAUAAGGAGAAGGAGAGGGAGGAUCGGAGGAAAUUAAAGGGAAAUGAGAAGAAUGUGAAGUCACAUAAGGAAAGAAAGGAGGAGAAUGAGAAUGAGAAAGAAGAGCAGGAGCAAAAAAGAAACAAAGCAAAGAAGAAGAAAGAGAGAAUGAGGGGUAAUGACAAGGAUAAUGAGAAGGAGAAGGAGGAUCAGAGGAAAAUGAAAGAAAAUGAGAAGAAGAUGAGGGCACAUAAGGAAAGAGAGGAGAAGAAGGAGAAUGAUAAAGAGGAGGAGUUGAAGGAGCAGAAUGACACAAAAAAUUGCCCACAAUUCUUUAGGUCCCUAAUGACCAGUUCAUCUAUGGAACAAGAGACAAUUCCCGAAGACUGCCACAAAUACUUGGAAGAGUGUACAGGAACAGUUUCACUGAGAGGUCCAAGCGGAAAUUUAUGGCCCGUAGAGCUGGCUAAAAUCUCCGGGGAGCUAUGCUUUGCACGUGGAUGGAAGGAGUUCCUCUGCGACCAUUGCAUCGUGUAUGGCUACCUGCUGGUUUUCCGUUACGAUGGGAACUCACAGUUCUCAGUCACGGUAUUCUCGCCAUCAUCCUGCGAGGCACCGUAUGCGUUUCUAGCCCAGCCGCAGCGCAUGGGCGCCACCGCUGUGGCAGCAAAUGAUGAGAAUGGGCACACGGGCACCAAUGCAGAUGGUACUGCCCCGCAAGAAGAAGACUCUCACAUUGGCACAGCUGCAGAUGGUACUCCACAAAAUGAAGGAGAAGAAGAAGAAGAUGCUUCAGAAGAAUAUGAAGGGAGCGACAACAUGAGUGUCGAUGCUGACGGCGCUGGUCCACAAAAGGAAGAAGAAGACGCAUUAUCAGAGAAUCCGGAUAAUGAGGAAGAAAGUGAAUGGCGCAGCGCACCAUUGCAGCAACAGAAGGAGGAUCAAGACAAGAUCGACAAUGGUUUUGUGGUCGGGAAGAGGACUAGGUUCAGGAAGGUUGAUGAUAUCAUGACAGAAGUGGUCCGAUCCAAGAAGUCCAAGGCUAAGGAAGGGAAAAGACAUGAAGCUCAAUCUAGUGAUUCGAAGUCUGAAGGAGAAGCAUUAGAAUUGGGGCUUCGUCCACCCAGGAAGUCCAAGGCUACUGAGGAGAAAAGGCCUGAAGCUCCAUCAGAAUUGGUCCGUCGUUCACCCAAGAAGUCCAAGGCCGAGGGGAAAAGGUCUACUGCUUUAGCUUCUAAAGGAGCAGCAUCAAGUGACAGUUUGAAAGAAUCAAAGCGUCGUCCACCCAGGAAGCCCAAGGCUGCGAAGGGGAAAAGGCCUCGAGCUCCAUGUGGCCAUUCGGAGUCUGAGGGUGCAGCAUCAGGUGACAGUUUGGCAGAAUUGGUCCGUCGUCCACCCAAGAAGUCCAGGACUGAGGGGAAAGGGUCUGCUGCUUCAUCAGCUUCUAAAGGAAUGACAUCAAGUCACAGUUUGGCAGUUCAUACAGGUGUAUUCGCGCCAGAAUCUGUAUGCAAGGACUUAACCAAAUUACACAAAUCUUUUGGUAAAAAACAUAGCAUGAAGGCUCAGUUCCCGAUGUUCAAUAAGAGCAAUAGUGAAAACCAACCUGGUAGAGUUAUCGUCAAGGUUCAGAGAAGGCCGGAAUUAGAGUCGCAGAGACGUCCAAUAACCCAAAGGGACAAGGAAUAUGCUAUGGAGAGGGCACGGAGGUUCCAAUCCAAGAGGCCCUUCGUGAUCAAGGAAAUAAAGCACACAGAUGUCUAUGUGUCGUACUUCAUGAUCAUUCCAGACAUGUUCGUUGAAAAUUUCCUCCUGAAGGAAAGCAGGAAGAUGACGCUGUGGGACCCACAGGCGAAGCCGUGGAAGGUGUGGUACGAGUACACCGGCGGAGAGUGUCCCCGUGCGGCGUUCAGCGCCGGGUGGGGCGCGCUCGCCAUGGAGAACUACCUGGAGAACAGGGACUUGUGUGUGUUCGAGCUCCUGGACGAUGACUACAACAUCAAGCUGCACGUCUAUAGGGCCGUGCUGGAUAUCACCCCCUUCGCCCUGGCCCCAAAACAUCGUCAACAGGGUUGUGCAUAGCCCUUUGUUUUUGUUCUAGUAUAUCGUUGAUGAUGGAGGUGUAUGUUGGUGACUAUUUUGUUGAAUUAUUAUCAGAUCAUAUUACUUGGUGAAUCGUGUUUUUGGCUGUUUUAUUGAAUAUGGGCAUUCAUUGCU